AUGGCUCCGUCAGCUAUUCCCGCAGCUGAUCUUAGGACAUUUUCGGAGUACCUAAAAGGAUGUAAACGUAUACUCGCACUUCUAGGAGCUGGCAUCUCAGCCUCAUCGGGGCUUCCAACAUUUAGAGGAGCUGGCGGUUUAUGGCGAACGUACGAUGCGACUGAGCUGGCGACGCCCGAAGCAUUCGAAGCCAAUCCAGACCUUGUGUGGCAGUUUUAUAAUUAUCGGAGACAUAUGGCGCUAAAAGCAGAACCGAAUCGCGCACAUUAUGCGUUAGCAGAGCUUGCUAAAAGGAAUAAGAACUUUAUUACAUUGUCGCAAAACGUCGACGGCAACUACUCUCGUGAGAACGACUUCACUGAUCCAAUAGUUCCUGCUCUCGCGAUACCAAAGAAUGCUCCAGAGCCCAAGCCAUCGACGGAUGAUAAGACGGGCGAGGAAGCUUCGAAGUCUGUAUAUAAUGCGUUAGGCAUACCGGAAGGUGAAGAAGUUGACAUUUCUGAUGACCGAGUUCCACUGGCGCGGCUGAGCCCUGAUGUCCUUCCACAUUGCCCAGAGUGCAAAGAUGGACUCCUUCGACCCGGGGUGGUGUGGUUUGGAGAGAGCUUGCCGUCACAAACCCUCAACGUGGUGGAUAGCUGGAUGAGGUCUGGUCCGAUCGAUCUGAUACUAGUGAUUGGUACAAGCUCCAGGGUAUACCCUGCUGCAGGCUAUGUUGAUAAGGCUAGGGCGAGAGGCGCUAGGGUUGCGGUGGUCAACAUGGAUCGGAACGAUGUAGGAUCUUCAGGAUUAAAGCCAGGUGAUUGGUUCUUCAAAGGCGAUGCAGGUACCAUCGUUCCAGAAAUUUUGAAGGAAACGAUUGGGGAGAUCUGA